AUGUCCAACGCAGAGUGGGAUAGUGUAGUCCGGAUCGGCAGCAAAGUCCGCCCCAGUGGAGGCACGGCCGCCGAGCGUGAACGUGUCAUCAAGGGAAAAUCCGCCAUCAACGCAGCCGCUCGGUCUGGAGCCAUUGUUGGGACAGAAAAGAAAUACGGCAGCGCAAAUAGUAAAUCUAAUGUUGAUGGCCAACACCUGACCAAAGUCGAUCGCGAGAAUGGGCCAGUCAAGCCCAAGGAAAUCGGCGCGCAAGUCGGACAGUUAAUUAGUAAGGCCCGCCUUGAGAAGGGUUUGACUCAGAAAGAUCUCGCCAAAUUGUGUAAUAUCAAAGACUCUGAUCUGGCAAAAAUGGAGUCCGGAACCGCCAUUGUCAACCAAGACCACCUGAGUCGUUUGGAAAACAGAUUAAAAAUCCAUCUUCGGGGAGCAAAAAUGGGCCAACCAAAAGAGUUCGGGAAGAAAAAGUGA